ACCUGCGCGCCCGGCUCCGCUGCUGCUGUGGCGACCCGGCCCCCCCUCGGUGCCUGGGGGUGUGGGGACCGUCCCCCGAGGACCCUUCCCGGCCUACCUCUGGGACCGCAUCCCGGGGCUCCUGGAAGAGAAGAGUCUAAUAAUAGGGAAAGUUGCGCACUCUUCUUGAGGACCAGCCUUUUUCAGCGGUGAGAGAGAUACCAUUGGGUGGUUUUAAUCAGGAAUGAAAUGUUCUGAAAGCUAAGAGCAGAAGCCUUUUGGUCAACAUGGAAGACAAAAGACGGCGAGCCCGAGUGCAGGGAGCCUGGGCUGGCCCUGCUAAGAGCCAGGCCACUACUCAGCCAGCUGCCACUGCUAAGAGCCAUCUCCACCAGAGGCCUGGUCAGACCUGGACAAACAAGGAGCAUCAUCUUUUGGAUAGACAGUUCGUAUUCAGAGAACCCCAGGAGGUAGUACGCAGAGCCCCAGAGCCACGAGUGAUUGACAGAGAAGGUGUGUAUGAUAUCAGCGUGUCACCCACAGGCGUAUCUAGGGUGUGUUUGUAUCCUGGCUUUGUUGACCUGAAAGAAGCCGACUGGGUAUUGGAACAACUUUGUGAGGUUGUUCCCUGGAAACAGAGGACCGGCAUCAGAGAGGAUGUAACUUACAAGCAACCAAGACUUACAGCAUGGUAUGGAGAACUUCCUUACACUUAUUCAAGAAUCACUAUGGAACCAAAUGCUCACUGGCAUCCUGUGCUGCUCACACUGAAGGACCAGAUUGAAAAGAACACUGGCCACACCUUCAACUCCUUGCUCUGCAACCUUUACCGAAAUGAGAAAGACAGUGUCGACUGGCAUAGUGACGAUGAACCGUCGCUAGGGAGAUGUCCCAUCAUUGCUUCGCUGAGUUUUGGUGCCACACGCACUUUUGAGAUGAGAAGGAAGCCCCCACCAGGGGAGUACCACUUGAGAAGCAGACGACCCAACCUUUGCCAUACUCUCUUUGGAUAUGGUUGUGCUUUUAUAUGCGGCCUUCUACUCGGUGAAAACCCAGUCAGAUAAAUUACGUGAAUAAUUCAUCCUGCCCUUGGUAAGGCUCCUGUUAUGUGAAUAGCAGAGGAACACCACAUGUUUCAUUUUUAAGUUCAGAUCCUCUUCUCAAGCCGGACAUAACCACACCAACUUUUUGUCAAGCCUGGUCCUGGGAUCUGGCUGUAGCAGUAAUUGAGUAAGAUGAAGUCGUCUUUUCCCUCCUGGUGCUGUGCCUUCCUAUGGAAGUCGCCCUUCCAUCUCUCCGAGUGGCACGUCCGCUGGUAGAGCCAGCACGAUGUUUGGGAUAAUCCUCACUUGCAGCCUUACAGGUAUUUUCUUUGUUGCCAGGUAGUUACUUGUUCAAUCACUGUUUCUUUACACACAUACAUUCACAUACACAUACACACCACCCCCUUCUUAAAAACACUUGUGGGCUAUUUACAGAUUUGAAGCUUAAGGAUUCCCAAAGCAUGCUUUCUGGAUAAUUAGUUUUACUGUAGAAGCAGUUUCCAGUCAUUAAGCAUUAGCAGUGUUCUUGUGCCCAGAAUAUUCCCAUUCCAUUUCCCCUCCAGGCAACUGAAGGUCUUCAUUUUCGCAUAUAAAAACAUUAUUCGUGGCCAUCAAGAGCUAUUUCUUGGUAAUAAACCUCACUUACGUUAUAGGUUAACGAGUAGAUGGGCAAUACAACUACCACACAGCCUUGUGUCCGAAAGCAACCAUUUGGAAUAAAGAUCUCUAUUUGAGGGAGAUGGCCCAUACUGAAGGUUUAUCUUCUGAAGUCUUACAGUUUAUUUUGAUGAGUAUAGUGAAAGCACGGGUCACGAAAUACUAAAGAUGUGGUAAAGUCCCUGUAAUUGUCUGCUAGUAGCAAGGGAAUCUGCACUACACUCAUGAUGGCAGAUUUGACAAAAAUAUAGACCUAAUAAGUAAGAAAAUUCGUCUGAGAUCUUAAAGUUGGCUGAGAAAACAGAUUUGGGAAGAAAUAUAAAGGUGUCAAUGCCUCACCUCAGACUGUUGACUGUAAUCAGUUUU